GAAGAUGACAACGCGUACAGGAGCAGAUGAUGUACAAGUACAUGUGAAGAUUCUUGUGUGAUGGAUGUCAACAGUAUGCUGCAUUAAAUGUGUUUGGAUUGUAAAACUUUUCAAAGGUAAAUUUAAUGCUUUACCUUUCAUCGCAAGUACAGCACUCGAGUAAAGAUGGCUGUCGGUCGCUUUUGUAAAUCUCUUUCAUGUGCAAGCAGACAGCUGCUGAAUGUGACACAACUCAGAACAAUCACAACACGCACAAAUGACAUUAGUGGAUCGGUUUGCAGACAUCCAACCAUUCACAGGACUGUUAGCACAUUAAAACAGCUUAAAAAUGCAAAUACCAGAGCCAUACAUACAACACAGCCAGUGAUGGUCACGAAGAUUCUGUCUGUGGAUGAGAUCUUCAGCAAAAAGUCUUUGCAUGACUAUCUGAAAAAGAAGGAAAUUGAAUAUAAUUUGUGUUUGGACGCUGUCAGUAUGGAUAAACAGUCUGUGGAUGAUGAAGACAUAAAAAUAAAGAGGAAUAAUCUGUCUGUACUAGCUCCUCUGAUUCAAAAUAUCAAAGAGUUGGAGGAGAAACAGAAGGAAUUGGAGGACACACAGGACUUGUUGAAAGAUAACGACCCAGACUUGCAUGAUCUUGCAGAGACCGAGAGCCAGGCUUGUUUAGCAGCCAUUCAGGAUUUAAAGUUGAAGAUUUUAUCUCUUCUGAUCCCAGAUGAAGAAUCAGAUAUGAGUGACAUGGUCCUAGAGAUCACUGCUGGGGUCGGAGGUCAAGAAGCAAUGCUGUUUACUGCAGAGAUAUUUGAUAUGUAUCAAAACUUUGCAUCUUUCAAUGGCUGGGGCUUUGAGGUCCUAGAGGUCAUGUCUAGUGAACUAGGGGGUGUCAGACAUGCUACAGCCAGUAUCAGUGGUCCACUAAGCUAUAAAAAGUUGAAGUUUGAAGCAGGUGUCCAUCGUGUGCAGAGAGUCCCAAAAACAGAGAAGCAAGGUCGCAUGCACACCAGCACCAUGACUGUGGCCGUACUUCCCCAACCCACCGAGAUCUCAUUUACCAUUAACCCUAAAGAUCUGAGAAUAGAGACAAAGAGAGCCAGUGGAGCAGGAGGACAGCAUGUAAACACCACUGACAGCGCUGUGAGGCUUCUUCAUCUGCCAACAGGAAUCGUUGCUGAAUGUCAGCAGGAACGUUCCCAGAUAAAGAACAAGGAGAAAGCCAUGACGCUACUGCGAGCCAAACUCUACAGCGCCAGACUAGAGGAAGAGACCAGCAAGAGAUACAACGCUCGAAAACUCCAGAUUGGCACCAGAGGAAGGUCUGAGAAGAUCAGGACAUAUAAUUUCUCCCAGGACAGGAUCACAGACCACAGGAUCGGAAAGACCAUACACGACGUCCAUGGAUUUUUGCAAGGAGAGGAACUGCUGGAGGAGAUGAUUGUGUCUCUGCAACAGUUUUCCGAGCAAGAAUCCCUCAUGGAUAUACUCAAAGACAAUGAUUAUAAUUAAUCGAGUUUUGUGGCAAUAAAGGAAUGUGUAAAAGUU